AUGGCAAUCCGCGCUGACCCAGGCUGCCUGGGGCAGAGUUUUAAUCUCCACCCGGAGUGGGGCUUCGACUCCUACGAAAUCAUCAUUCCCAGAAAGGUGAGCCCCAGAAUGGAGACACAGACUGGUUCAGGGCAGGUAUCCUACCUCCUGCACCUGAUUGGCAAGAAUUAUAUUCUCCACCUGAGACUCAAUAGGCUCCUGGUGCCCCGACACCUUCGAGUGUUCUCCUUCACAGACCAAGGAGACUUCCUGGAGGAUCACCCUUACUUACCCAGGAACUGCAACUACCUUGGCUUUGUGGAAGGAUCCCAGGAGUCUGAAGCUACGCUAAGUACAUGCCUGGGAGGCCUCCACGGCAUGCUGAGGCUGGAAGAGCAAGUUUACCAAAUUGAGCCUCUCAGAGCCUCCUCCAGCUUUGAGCACAUCUUUUAUCUCCUAAAGGAUGAGGAGUUUAGCACUAAGGCCUGUGGCUUAACUGAUGAAGGAAUAGAAUGGCAGAUAUCCAGACAUGAAUCGUCAGAGCUGCUGGAAUAUCGUGACAUCUACAUCCACAGAAAGUAUCUGGAGUUGCUCCUUGUAUUUGAUCACAAGAGGUUUGUGUUUAGGAAACAUAACUUAACCCAUAUCAUUUUUGAAGGACUUCUUAUGGCAGGUUUUAUGGACUCUCAAUUUCAGGCACUAAAUCUACGCAUCCAUCUAUCAGCUAUUGAAAUCUGGACUGACAGUGAUAAAAUAAAUACUAGUAACAAACAAUUACUUAAUGUUCUUCGUUCUUUUUCAAAGUAUAGAAGAGACGUCCAAUAUCCUCGAAUUCAAACCGAUUGGUCACACUUGUUUGUAAAAGAUUCUUUUGGUGAUGCACGUGGGUGGGGCUGGAUCGGAGGUGUUUGUGAUAAGUAUCAUGGUGCAUCAACUAGUACUCUUGGAACUGGAAACAUGAUUUCUCCUGCUUAUGUAUCUACACAUGAACUGGGACAUGGUGUGGGAAUGACACAUGACUCAGGGCUCUGUCAAUGUAGAGGAGGCAGUGCUAACUGUAUCAUGGGUCUUGGGCAUAAUGGGUUUAGUAACUGUAGUUUUAUCAAUUAUUUUAACUUAAUAAAUAAAAUGGCUGAUUGCCUAAAUAAUAUACCAGAGAUGGCAUUUUCAGUGAAGGAAUGUGGAGACAAAGUUGUGGAUGAAGGUGAGGAAUGUGACUGUGGCUCAAAAGAGGACUGUAAAAGAAACACAUGUUGCCAACCAGACUGCAAAUUGAAACCUGGGGCCAACUGUAGCAUUGGUCUUUGCUGUCAUCACUGUCAAUUUCGUCCAUCCGGAUACAUAUGUAGGAAGGAACUAAACGAAUGUGACCUUGCGGAGUACUGUGAUGGGAAUUCAAGUGUCUGCCCGGAUGACAUUUACAAGCAGGACGGAACGCCUUGCAGAGCUGGUUCCCUUUGUUAUAAAAAGGGGUGCUAUGUUCGGUAUCUGCAGUGCCAAAAUAUAUUUGGGGAAGGAGCUAUGGAUGCUCCACAUCAGUGCUAUGAUGCCACAAAUUUACUGGGUGAUCGAUUUGGAAACUGUGGACUCCAGGGUACAGGCUACCUAAGGUGUACAUCUGAAAACGCAUUAUGUGGAAGGCUGCAGUGCACCAACGUCAAGGCAAUCCCUAACAUGCCUGAUCAUACUACUCUAAUUUCCACUCAUCUGCAGAAGGAAAAUCUCUUGUGCUGGGGAACAGAGUAUCACGCCUCCUUAUUAGCCAGUGGAUUACCAGAUUUUGGCAUGGUGAAGGAUGGCACUUCCUGUGGUGAUAACUUGGUGUGCGUUAACAGAGAAUGUGUCAAAAUCACAACCCUACGUUUUGACUGUUUGCCCGAGAAGUGCAAUAACCGAGGGAUUUGCAACAAUAGAAGAAACUGCCACUGCCUGUAUGGCUGGGCCCCUCCCUUCUGUGAGGAGGAAGGGUUUGGAGGAAGCAUUGAUAGUGGGCCUGUGGGAAAAAUUAACGAAAGGCCCCUGCUGUAUGUUAUAUUUAUUCGUCUCUUUCUCCUAAUGACGUCUGUGAUUAUUGUAUUGUUCAGGAAAGUGAUAGGAAAUUUACUUAGACCUAUAUAG